UUUUCAGAAACAAGCUUAAUGUUUUGAUGUAGAGAACGAUUUUAGAUGUAAAAAGAAUUCAGGCAACUCACCUGAUCUCGCAAAUACAGUACGACCAGGUGGCAACGCUCCGUUGUGCGCGCGGUCACCGCUGAAUAUGAUACUGCUCGAUUGACCGUUUGAUCACGUUCAACGCCACUAAACAAACCAAACAAUGCAACUAGGAUUCAUCAAACGGCCCUUUUUCCUCCUCGGAAUUCCCAUAGCUUGCAGACCCUGCAACCCAUUUUUGUACCCGUCUCCCUCCACAUGGCCGGCGGCGACAGCGUACAACGGCAAGGUCAGGACCGAGGAGAGAGAAACAAAGCCCGGUCGGCCCAUACGUAGAGACGACGCACCAGACGGUCCCAGCGUAGCUGCCACGGCGACCAAUCCCUGCAGCCUCUAACCGGUAGCUGCACACUCCUACUGUCUGGUGUCUGCUGAUGCUCCCCUCUGAAAAAGACGGGGGUGGGAGAACGGAGAAGCCCACCAAAACAACUCAAAACCCAACGGUCACUCCUCCCCCUUCGCCUCUCUUCUUUUAAUCCUUUACGCCUCUCACCGUCGCAUGCACCCCCACAAGGAUCCAGCCAUGCCAUGUCCGAGCUGUUCCUCUCGUCGCACGCCACAAGUGUAGUUAGUGAUAGUAGCAGCGAGCGGCUUCGUCGGCGUCUCUGCGUGCGUAGUCGCCGCCUCCCUCGCGCGCUUCUUGGCUAACCUGUAGCGUAGUGACAGCAGGAGCGUUUGUCGACCGGGGAUGGCGAGAGGUGGUGCCGGAGCGGCUGAGGAGGAGGAGGAGAGGGACGUGAGCGAGGCACUGACCGCGGACUCGGCCGACGACGAGGGCCGCCGCGGGAGCAGCUCCAGCGCCAGCUCCGAGGCCGCCUCCAGCGUGUCCUACUCCCCGCCCGACGAGUGGCAGAAGGUCGCCAUCAAGACCUGCGUGCCUGACGUCACAGUCAUGGCCGAGCCGGCCGGGAAGGAGAAGCCGCCGCGCGGCGGGGACACUGCCGAGAAGCACAGAGCCUCAGAGAUGGAGAUGAUGAAGGAGAGGUUCUCGAAGCUGCUGCUGGGUGAGGACAUGUCCGGGAGCGGCAAGGGCGUCUGCACCGCGCUCGCCAUCUCCAAUGCCAUAACCAACCUCUGUGCGACGAUGUUCGGGCAGCUCUGGAGGCUGGAGCCGCUGCUGCCGGAGAAGAAGGCCAUGUGGCGGCAACAGAUGGAUUGGCUGCUCUGCGUCAGCGACCACAUCGUCGAGCUGGUACCCACAUGGCAGACGUUCCCGGAUGGGACUAGGGUGGAGAUCAUGACAAGCAGGCCACGGUCUGAUCUGUCCAUCAAUUUGCCGGCACUUCGGAAGCUAGACCACAUGCUCCUCGAAAUCCUGGAGAGCUUCAGAGACUCUGAAUUCUGGUACGUGGAUCAGGGCAUCUGCGCGCCGGACUGCGACGGCUCCGCGCCGUUCCUGAGGACGUUCCACCGCCGCGACGAUAAGUGGUGGCUCCCAGUGCCCCGCGUGCCCCCCGGCGGCCUCGGCGAGGCCACGCGGAGGCAGGUCGAGCAUAGGCGCGACUGCGCCAACCAGAUCUUGAAAGCCGCCAUGGCCAUCAACAGCAACGCCUUGGCCGAGAUGGACGUCCCCGACUCCUACCUCGACUCGCUGCCAAAGAAUGGACGUGCGACGCUGGGCGACGUCAUAUACCGCUACAUCACAUCGGACCAGUUCUCCCCGGAUUGCCUCCUCGACUGCCUCGACCUUUCGUCGGAGUACAAGGCGCUGGAGAUCGCCAACCGCGUCGAGGCCUCCGUCUACGUGUGGCGCCCAAGGGACGCCGCGAAACCGGCAAGCCGCGCGGGCGCCAAAUCGUCCUGGGGCAUUGUGAAGGACAUGAUAAUGGACACGGAGAAGAGAGACCUGCUCGCCGAGCGCGCCGACGGCCUCUUGAUAUCCCUGAAGCAACGGUUCCCUCGGCUCACACAGACGAGCUUGCACAUGAGCAAGAUUCAGUACAACAGGGACGUGGGGAAAUCAAUCCUUGAGAGCUACUCAAGGGUUCUGGAGAGCCUGGCCUCCAACAUCAUCGCACGGAUCGACGACCUGCUCAACGUCGACGAGCUGAGCAAGCAGUCCGACCACCUCCCCGCCGGCGGCGCGGAGGGUAAGAUCGCCUGCAAGAUCAACAGCAGCAAGGCCAUGGUGCCGUCGCCGUACCCGGUGGUGCCCGCCUCGGGCACGCCGUACGCGAAUGCGUACUCCACGCCGAGCUUCUCGCCGGCGCAGCUGUCGAGCCCAUCCAAAAUCGAGAGGGCCCUGCUGAUCGACCGCCGGUCGCACCACGGCAGGGGGACCGGCGCCAAGAGAACGACAUCGUCGACGGCUGGCCGCGCGGGCGUGGAGGUCGUCAAGGGGGUGGUGGUCAGCAGCCCCUUGUUCGACGUCCCGAUGGCCGCAGCAGAGCUGUGAAGAUCCAGGCCAGGCUCUGGGUUCAGAUGAGGUCGCCGGACUCCGCCUCUCUGUGUACACUUCACCUCGUAUCGGCGUGGUCGUGCGCGCGCGCGCGCCUGAUUUGUCGCAGCGUGUUGUACUUAGCAUAGGAGGGCGAUUUGUCUUGCCGUUUGCCGCCCUCCGUUUGUAGUGUGUGCCUGGCACGGUGUCUUGUAGAAGACUUGUUGCGACUUGCGAGCGCUAAGAUAGUUUUUAAAUCCGAUGUUCAUCGGAUCAA